AUGCUGAUCGGGGACAUUCAGUCCACCCUUCUAGUCCUCAUCAAAUUAGGCGUUGAGCUGAAGGCGCGGUUGGAUGCACUCAAUCAGGCCGCAGAAGACCUUCAACUUCUGACAACAAACUUGAGGCUUUUGCUCAUUGUUUUUGAGAAUCCCGCCAAUGAAAGCAUCCUGAAAGAACAUGUCUCGGAAUUUGUGGCGAUCUUGGACAUUCUACAAAGCAUCGCCAAGUCCUGCGCAAAAAGCGGCAAACUUCUGGAUAUGGACCCAUCUGGGCAGGCAGCCGUGGAUGGAGGCCGAGACGCCUUUGGCAAGAAAUUGAUACGUCGCAUAUGGAUUGUAAAACGAAUCCCCGGGCUUCUGGCAGAAAUUCAGCGCAAGGCGGAGCAGCUUCAGAAAAUCUACAGCGCUGUGUCGGUUGUGAUUUUACAGGACAUCAGAGCGAAUCAAGAGCGGCCUCCAAAAGGUACGGAAAGCUCUGUGAACUCGACUCUUGUGGCGCAAGAUUACAACCAAGUCAACGGCCUAGAUUUCAGUACCAACUUUGCAAGCAUUGACAUCAUUUUGGGUAACCUCAUGAAUGAGUGUAAAAGCCUUCGACAGCAACUUGAGGACAAUAUUAUCCACCCUGAUACUUCGGCCAUCGAGAAUUAUGAGGCUACAAAUCCGGAGGGAAUGGCAUUCUGGAAGAACAAGUUUCAGAAAGAGUUAAGUACCUCCAGCUUCCGUUACGAGAUGCUGUAUGUCUCAUGGGCACGCUUCGUACGCGAAAUAGAAUCCUCUUUCAUCUUGAACAAUAUCCCAACUGGAAUCUGGGAAACACCAAGCAUCGACAUUGUUCGAGAACUUGGUCAUCGUUGUCACAUAGAUCAAUGUGGUACGCGCCGCCUGUCUACAAUCAGACCACUAUGGCUCCCGGCGCUUCAGUCAAUACUUGACCCUCUAUAUAAAGGCUAUGUCAAGCCGCAGGACUACUUCAGUCUUCUUCAGAAUUCGUCAUUGUCAGAGACGCUUAGAAAACUGGUCCUUGAGAACGCAGGACUUGGAGUGAUCGUUGAAUGUGAAAGAGAAUCGGGUGAUAUCGCUCUGCCUGCAUCUAUUGAAUCCUCUUUAGACCAUGUAGGCUGGAUAUCUGCUCAAAUUGUGGCGGUUCCAACGCCGAAGGAGCUGGGAAUCAUGACCGAAGACGACGUUAUAAAAGCAAGCAGUGCUAGUCUUAUUUCUUGCUUCAAUGACACGGCUCGCGAUAUCUACAUUCACGUUCGCUACUUACAAACGGGUCAAGUGGAGCAGAAGAGUCUGCUGAAGAAGACACGGCCAGCUGGGGGCAUCUGCAUCGGCGCCCCAAUUUCUAUCCGAUGCGAGCUAGAACCGGGAAAAUAUGGGUGGAGCUCAGAUACUCACAUUGCAGAGUUCAAGGCUUGUUUUGGCGGCGGAUAUAAUAUCACGGCUGGAGCUGGAUCCAACACAUACGCAUUCUCGACAACCCCGAUCAAGGCAUCAUUCGAUGGAAUGCUACAAAGUGGCGUGCACUCCGACACACCAACACCGCAGCUUGAUAUCAUAUUGUUGGGACCGUCAAAGGUAUUCUACCAAGCACCAAAAAUUGACGAAAAAAUACAGGUCGAAUAUGAUGGCAUUUGGCAUGAUUCGAGAGUCACGCUAGUGGUUGGAGACGAAAUCGAGUUUGUCGACUGGGACGAGAUCGCAUCACAAGCCGAGCCCGACACUCCGAUUGAAGACGGAAGCAGCGACAGCAGUGACGACUACGGCGGCUGCUUCUUCUCGGAAGAUAUGUUGGAAAACCUUGGAAAAGGCACUCGACGACUAUGGAGACCAUGGAAAAGAGAUAUUACCAAGUAUGACGUUCGGCCGUUUCGCUGUUUACACGUCGGGGACUCUAUUGACGCACCUGUAAUGUAUCCCGACUUCCGAUUCCACUACCAUACGGCGGAAAACUCUCAGUUAUAUCUGCCGGCGCGCAUUGUUGACGUGCAAGGCGAUCAGUAUGUGGUCGAGUUCAGCCCGGCAGUAUCCGCCUAUGCGUGGUGGCCAGGGCGCUUAGCAAAGGGCACAGCAAUAGAGUUGAUACCGGGUUCAGGUGUAUACGCGGACAAUCCGUACGAAGGCAAUCGCGCGACCUUGGCUAUGAACCUAGUGCGACCUUUGUCCACCGGUCCGCGGCCGGUUUUGGGUAUGCAGUCUGGAAAGCCGCCUAGUUGGAGUUCGUUUCAAGGCGUACAGCUUGGGAACCUGGAGGAGCUGCUGGAAGAGAGUCUCUGGAAUGACGGGGGCCGUUAA